AUGGAGAGAAAUAAAAUUCUAAUGAAAUCCAAGGUUGCUGCUCCUAACCUCCUGAGGGCACUGCAUUCUCUGUACCAGUUCGGCCACCUCUGCGACGUGACAGUUCACACACAGCACCUCGGAAUUCAGGAGGAGUUUCUGGUUCACAAAGCUGUCUUGGCAGCUUCCAGCAACUAUUUCAAGGGGCUUUUCCUGCAUGAUGAGAUGCUGGACACCAAGAAUUGCACAGUGACUCUGCAAGACAUCUACACGGAAGAGUUCACCUCCUUCCUGGAGUUUAUUUACACUGCAGAAGUGGAGAUUGAAGCGGAAAAACUGCAACGGAUGAAAGAAAUAGCCGAAAGACUCGAAUGCAAGGAUUUGCUUGACAUUUGUGAAGAAGUGAAAGCAGAGGGCAGGAAGGGUUUAGAUUUGAGCCUCCAUCUGAAAGGUCAGCUGCGUGAAAAUGGUGGGCCACAGUGGACUCGCAUCCAGCAAGCAGAGGACCGCAAACUGAGUAACUCUUCCCAAGUUGUGGCAAUACCCAUGCAGAGAAAACUUUGGGAUAGGCAGAAACAUAAAAAGUUGCUGGCUGGCUAUGAACUCGUUGAAGGCCAACCGGCAAGCCUGGAGCAAGAGGACACUGCUUUUCCAGAACCAAAAUCCAGGACAGCAAAGCUACCGAAAUGUAACAAGACAGAUAGCGGAAACAGACUCGGUAUGGAUAUCGUUAGUCUGGAAAACGAGAACAGUCGUUCUCUCCUAAGUCAGACUGAGGCAAAGGAAGCCUGCGCAGUAAUUGGGAACGCGCUGCCUGAGCAGUGGGAAGACGAAAACAGUUUUAUUUCCAAAUUUGUCAGUAAAACCGAACGUAGGAAAUCACCGCGGCACGUGGCAAAAGUCUUGCCGCAGAUUGCGUGCGAGAAGUGCAACGAAUCGUUCCGUGUUGUUAAGCAGUACCGGUCGCACAUGGAGCUCAAGCAUGACGUUAAUCUGGCUGUCAAGUACAGCUGCAACGCGUGCGAGCAGCUCUUCUCCACACACCAGCACCUCCGGCAGCACCGCCUCACCGUUCAUAGCGAUGAGCGGGGCUUCUCCUGCGUGUUUUGCGACAAGCGGUUUAAGCGCCAGAAGGACAUAAACGACCAUAUCCGCAGGGUGCACGAGAAGAAGCGGGAUCCCCAGGCCUGCCCCUACUGCGACAAGGUCAUCAGUUCCAAGUGCGGCCUGACGGUCCACAUACGAACGCACACCGGGGAGAAACCUUAUAAAUGCGAACGCUGCCCCGCCAGCUUUGCUCAGAGGUCUGCUUACAACACUCACGUAAGACCAAACACGACAGGCUGUGACAGAGAUCCUGACACAGAGACGUGGGGUGGGACAUCGGAGGCCGAAGGACGCAAGUGUGCGAGGCGCGAAGAGGCCGCAAAUCGCGAGGAAGAACCCGGGGGUUCAUCCGUGGCCGAAGCAGGCUGUAGCAACGAGCAAGAAGAACGGAAGCGGAAAUAUAAGGAAGCUGAAGCAAGAAGGGAAAAAAUGAGCGAAGAAGGGAACGAAGGUGAAGGUGAAAUGAGCGUGAAGGGAGAGAAGGAGGUAGAUUACGAAGCGGGGUAUUCGGAAGUUGAAGACAGUAGAGAUAGUGAGGAGGUCUGUGCUGAGGAGGACCGUGAGGAUGAUGAGUACUCUCAUGAGAAGGAUGGUGAAGAACGUGAAUCAGAUGAAGAGUUUAAAAUAAAGAAGGUAAAUAAAAGUGGGGUGAAUAACAAAUCUGCCUACGUAAUCACGUGCGAUAAGUGUAAGGAGCAGUUUGUUUCCCGAAAGAAGUACGUGGAUCACUGCAGAGAUGUCCAUCAGUGCUUGCCUGGUAAAGUCUAUCAGUGCGACAUCUGCAGCAAGUCGUUUGCUAGUUACAACAGCUGGAAGGAGCAUCGAGCCUGUGUCCACACUGAAGAAAGGCAGUUUGCCUGCACCCUUUGCAAUGCUACUUUUAAAAGAAAGAGAGAUGUGAGGACGCAUUACAUGCGGAAGCACGAAGGCAGAGUCAAACGCCCUCUCUGCUCUGUCUGCGGGAAGAUCCUCAGCUCCCGAACAGCGCUAGUGUUUCAUAUGCGGACACAUACAGGAGAAAAACCUUACGAAUGUGGCAUUUGUCAUUCAAAAUUUGCUCAGCCGUCGCAGCUUAAGAUCCACACCAGGUCCCAUACAGGGGAAAAGCCGUAUAUUUGCGAGGACUGCGGAGCUUGCUUUGCUGAUAAAGGCAAACUCACUGGCCACAAAAGGACCCACACAGGAGAGCGCCUUUUUAAAUGCGACGUGUGCGGAAAACAUUUUGCCACCAAUGAGUAUUUAAAAUGCCAUAAACGAUGCCACAUGGGUGCUAAGCCCUACAAGUGCAAGGUUUGUGGGAAGGUGUUUGGCCUGAGAGCCUCGCUCGCCCAGCACAGCAACGUCCACGCAGAGACCCGUCCGUAUUUCUGCGAACAGUGUGGGAAAACGUUCACCCAGCAGGGCGCUCUCCGGCGGCACCAGCGCAUUCACACCGGGGAAAAGCCGUACAAGUGCAGGGCUUGCGAGAGAACCUUCACGGACAUGUCCACCCUGCGCAGACACGUCUCGAUCCAUGACCGGAAUGCUCACUGGAGAAGUUUCUUAAUAGAUCUUACCACCAAAAAAGACCAUAACUGGUCCAAAAUAGAACCGUUCUCGGAAGCCUGCGCGGGCGACGACUCUGCGCCGGAAAUUUGGUCGGUCGACCGAGCGUCGUCGGUGACGCCGAGCCCCCCCGUUUGUACUUGUGACGGCGGUUAUCGCCGGAAAACGGCCCCGCCCUCUCCACCUCACAACCAGCAUAAUUACGUCAAGCCUCCGUCGCGGCUGCCUCGUACGCCCUGCGGCGUGACGUCAUCUGCGCGCAGGAUGAAUACAUCAUGCUUCUGUCGAAGGUGUUGCGCCAGCCCGGUGCUCGGCAGCUCAGCAUACUUGCCACAGGAGCGGCAGCGAGACGCCUUCACAGCGCAACACGUCCUACCGUGCGCGUUGGAUUAA